AUGAGAACUAAUUACCAAAACUCGCAGUACUACGCACCACGGCAGUUAGCAAUAAUUGUCAAGUUGACUAGGAAUGCUUCCGAUCAAACUAACGAUUUCUUAUGUGAUGCCUGCCACACUCUAGGUUCUGGUGCUAGAUACCGUUGCAAGCAAUGCGAUUUCGAUAUCCAUGAGAAUUGUGCUGAUUGUCCCGAGUACCUAAACACUUACAUACACCCUAAGCAUAGACUGAAAUUAAUGUGGGACGGAUCAAGCAAGAAAGAUUUUGGUCAAUUACGUCCUUGCGAUGUCUGUGGUGAUCAAGUCAAAGGUCUCUUCUACACAUGCUCCUCUGGUGCUGAGAAACGCUAUGACGAUGGUCGACAUUUCUUCUUCCUCCACCCUUUGUGCUCAAAAUUUCCAUCCCAAGUGCAUCAUGUAAUCGACAAAAAUCACCCUCUCAAGUUCCAAUCAAUUCCGGUUAUUCGCAAGUCCAUAUGUGCAAUUUGUAGAGUGCCCUCUUCCUGGAGUUACAGAUGUGAUCCAUGUGGUGUCAAUAUCCAUCUCGAGUGUGUUACUCUUCCAUACGAUAAUCAUCAGUCCAGAACUACUACUCACACAUCUCGAUCACCACAAGAUCCCCAAGCGCAGAUGCACCAGCAAAAGGGACCUGCUCAACCUCCUCCAGCAUCUCCUCCACCACCGUACAAUAACUACUGCCCACCCCGUUAUAACUAUUAUCCAUAUCCACCACCACCGCCUAAUUAUAAUUACUAUUAUCCACAGCCCUACUGGUACCCGCCAAUGCCACCACCACCUAACCAUAACCACCAUCCCCCAUAUGCUCCUCCUAAGAAGGAAACUGUUUCUAGUACUCAUGGCAGUAAAAUGAAGAGGUCUGCUUCAGUUUUGGGAAGAAUUGCAGAGAAUAGAAUUCCUGAUGAUGAAGAGACUUAUUCUAAUCAAGAAUUGACGCAACCCUCUGUGGAGGUACAAGAAAACAAUCAAUCUGUGGUUGAAGAUUGGACAGUUGUGGAAGGGAGGAAAACAUCCAAGAGGAAUAGGGAGGAGGAAAACGGUGAGAGGUUCCAAGAUUCUUCAUCAUGCAACAUUAAUCAAUACAAUGUUCUCAAUUCAGCUGCUACGGCAAACUUGGAAGGGGAAAUUGAUGAGACAGCUAAGGGUCAUGUCUUUGCAGAAGAUGGUAAAAAAGACCCAACUGAAGAGGAAUCAAAUGAGAAUGGUGAUCAUGAGUAUGUUUCAACAACUAAGAAAGAUAAAAAACGAGCCAGAACGAAACGGUAA